AAGAACACAGUUUCAGAACUGGGGGAAAAAGUUCUUAAGGUUCUGUCUUUUUGAAAAUUGAAAGUUAACCAUGGUGAAUCAACAGUUUGCUGACCAAUAUCACGCAGAGAUUUACAGUGCCUUCCGACCAAAUAUCCCCACAGUUUUAGCCGAAAAAAUAAAGAGUAGCUUGAAAGAAGAGUACCAUGGCUCUUUGGACAGAGCAGUGGAUGUGGGCUGCGGUUCUGGUCAGAGCACCAUCAUCCUUGCCGACCACUUCCGGAAAGUUUGGGGGAUAGAUGCCAGCGAAGCCCAGAUACACGAAGCAAACAACUCAAGAACACACCCGAAUAUUACUUACGUCUCUGCCCCGGCUGAAAUUUUGCCAUUUCGUGAUCAAUCCGUGCAGUUGGUGACUGCUGCUGCUUGCCUUCACUGGUUCCAGAUGGACAUAUUCUUUUCGGAAGUUCGUAGAGUCUUGGUGCACAAUGGAAUAUUUGCUGCCUAUACCUAUCACAGCUUGCGACCGAUUGUCAUCGAUGCGGUGUGGAAGACGCAAGUAGAUCUUGUCUUCGACCAGAUAUAUGAAGAGCUUCAUCCUUAUUGGUCAGCUGAAGUGCUAAUUUCUUUGGAAAAAUACGAAACUAUUGAAUUUCCUUUUGGAAAAGUCUCCAGGAUUCCCGAUGUUAAGCAAAUAUUCAGCGGAAGAUUUUCGGACAUCAUUGGUUUCAUAGAAUCUUUAUCUGCUUACCAAAACAUGAGGAAAGAAGAUAGCGAAAAGGCGGAAGCGUUAAUUUCCACCUUUUCAUUCAGACUUAAAGAGAUUUUAGAAGCGGCUGGUAUUUGUUGCAACGACACAAUGAAGCUCUACAGAACAUUUUUCCCCAUAAUAUGCAGAAAAACAGAAGUUUGAAAUCGUUUCCUGCUAACUUAUUACUUUAAUU